AUGAUGAACCACACAACAUGUCAAUUGUUCUAUACUCCAAACCUUCUACCAGGACAUUCAGCAUUGAUCUUGAUGAUUACUCUCCCUCACCUCAAAAAAAAGUCUCAAGAACAUGAUGAUACUCAAGAAGCUAACUUCUCUUCUUUUCCACCGGAUCCUCCUCAAGACAAUGGUACUCCAACAAAUACAAAUAAAGCAAAUACAUCUAAACCUGAGCCUGAACGCAUUAGACUAACUGCUCAGAUGGUAGCUGAUGAUAUUGAGGAAAUUCGCUUUCAUACAUCUUCUCACUCUGAAUAUCUGGACAAAUUUCAAGGGUAUCUUGAACGUAUGACAGACAAUGUUUGUAUCCUUAAUGAGACAACAAAAGCGAAUUUAUUAAAUAAUAAUAAUUGUAAAUAA